CUUGACAAAAUAUAUCGAACUGUCUCGGCGAAGGGCUGGGUGUCAGCUCGGGAAUUUUCAUUACAACCCAAGCAUUUAGUGCGACGAGAGCUCCCUUUUCGUUCCAAAAAAUAACUAAGAAAAGCGUUCUGAAAAAUUUUCAAAAGCGAAAAUCUGAGAAAUCAAUCGGCAUGUAUUCCUACGGCGGAAAUCGUUACCAGCUGCUCUCGUUCGAGGACGAGACCCAGGUCCUUCUGUCCAACAAGGAGCUGCGGCUGAGGGCCAGGAAGGCCGCGCAGGCCCAGCAGCUCCAGCUGCAGUCCACCAAGCGCUCCAAGACCGGCCGGAAGCUGGAAGCCAAGCUCGAAGGUAAGAACGCCUCUGCGGCUAUCCUCAAGGACUCCAAGAAGGAUAACCUGGGCCCCAAGAAGGACAUCCCGGCGGGCGGGAAGAAGAGCAAGCCAUCGCACAAGAAGGACAACACGCCGUCCGCCAAGUCCGGCAGCCCCAAUUCCAAGCAGGACAAGAGCAGCCCCUCGCCCAGGCGGGAGCGCAGGCUGUUCGGUUCUGGCGCCGCGAGCGCCUCCGUCAGGAUCUCCACCAACGCCACUUCGAAGAAGCUCAACCGCAACUACGGCGUGGCAGGCUCCGCCCUGGGGCACAACUUCUGCCUGCCGCCGGAGAUGUCGCCCGAGCGCAAGCCCAGUCGCAGCUCCUUCCGGGGCUACCUAUCCGGGUUCCGGCACCGGCCCAACCUGGACCGAACCAGCCGCGCCCGCCUGCACGACCGCCAGUCCGGCUCCGACCGCACCGGCGUCAAGGCCGUGUACAAGCGCAACGGAGGCGGUGCCCACAACUGGGGCUCCCCCAAGCUGGAGAUCCAGGAACACAAGAAGGCCAUCGCCCGCAGCCAGGUGUACGGGGGUCGGCAGCCGGCGCGCCGCAGGCGGAUCAAUUCCAACAGCGACGUCUCCCUCUUCUCGGAGCCCAUGAGCCACCACCAGGAGGAGCCUCUGGACGACAGCAUGUUCCUCACCCUGGACGAGUGGAGGGCCACCCUGAAGCCCGUGGCCGCGAAGCCUGCUGGAUCGGAUCCCCGGGCGGAGUUCUUUCCCCCUUUCCGCGCCUCGGCGCCCUUCCAGCGCUCGGGCCGCAAUCUGCGCCUCUGCGACAUCAUCCAGUUCAACUUUAAUAGCAUCGGGCAGCACUGCAAGAAGAGGGAGUUCUUCCUCGCGCUGGUGGAUCCCCCGGACUUCCCUGAGCUCCCUCUGCCCCAGCCGAGGGAGGUCCAGAACCAACUUCCGCCCCAGGUGGACGACGUGAAACACUUUCCGAAUCUCUCCUAAGCAUUCCACCAGGCGAUCUCUCCAUGCCGAAUAAAUAAAGCUUUAAUGUUUUUGAAACUUGA